AAUGUAAAAGGGCGUGUGAAGAUUUCGUCGGAGUGUUGCGUUUGACGCUAAGGGUGGGCUAAAAGUGUUAUUGAAGGGGACAGAGGAAGUGUUCUCACUUAACAGUGGUCGAAUCCAUCUCGCUCACCAGCCCCACGACCCAGGAAGAUUUCAGCAAGCGAGAGUACAGCCCCGCCUCAUCACCAUCACCAUCACCAUCACCACCACCACCACCACCAGCAGCAGCAGCAGCAGCCAGCCUCCCGUGGCGCGGGUUAACUCUCUCUAACCAACCAACCAACGAGACCGCGCACUGCACCAACAAAACUCCCAGACUUUUCACUUUGUUCGGGAAAAUCCGACUUGCGCGCCAGCCGUAAAGCAUAGUACGUCAUCAGUAUCAAAAGGAACUAGAUUCUAGUACGUGUUAGUGUUAGUGUUAGAUAAUAUUCCUUUGCCUGCUCCUGUGACGAUCAUUUGUGCCUGGAAUUCUCUUCACGAUUAGUACAGAGCAGACGAGAAGACGAAGUUUUCACAACUUACUGCCCUCUCUGACGUCAGCAACAAUGAUCCGGCUAGUAUUGUUCACCCUUUCCGCCUUGCUUUGGAUUCCAGAAGUAUCCUCGGAUGCAGUGCUGAAGGUCAUCAAAAGAGAUGCUCCGACAGACUGGGCCUGGGGUUACAGCGUGGAAGGCGGUCAUGGUCCAGAGCACUGGUCCUCUGUGUACGUGGACUGUGGCGGGAAAAUGCAGUCCCCAAUUGACAUCAACCUAAACAAGGUCCUGUAUGACCCCAACCUUGAACUUUUUGACCUCAAGGAGUACAGCAUCACCCACAACGUUGUCAUGGAGCUGAUCAACAAGGGAGGCCACACAGCUGAAGUGAUGUAUUCCGGCAAGCCCCUGUACAUCACUGGUGGCAGUCUGCCAGACACCUACAAGUUGGACCAGUUCCAUUUCCACUGGGGGAAGGUAGACAAGAGGGGCUCUGAGCACUCCCUCAACAACCACCACUACCCGAUGGAGAUGCAUAUCGUCCACCACCAGGACAAUCUGGACAACAGCAGCUCUGCCGCGUCACACCCAUACGGUCUGGCCGUCCUCGGCUACUUGUUCAAGACCAGCACAUGGUGAUCCCAACCUUCCCUCUGAUGGAUCUGCUGCCCUCAGGGGAGCGAACCGACUACUACCGCUACUACGGCAGUCUGACUACCCCGCCCUGCUAUGAGACCGUGAUCUGGUCUGUGGCUACGGAGCCCAUCAUCAUCUCUGAGGAUCAGCUGAACAUCUUCCGCGGGCUGUACGACGAGGAGCGCCAUCACUUGGUCGAUGACUUCCGGCCGACACAGGAGCUCAACUACCGGGUGGUCACCACCACCAAAAAGAUGGGGGAUGGUGCCAGCGGACUGGUCGUCUCCAGUCUUCUCCUCAUCUCGGCCUCUCUACUCACCUGGCUGGUCCGGCUAUAAACUUAAAGUUUAAUUAAGUUUGAAUGUUGUUGAGGUGGAGGACUUUUCCAGUGUCCGUACCAACUAUAACUAUAACUAUAAUCCUGAGUUUUGACUGUUGUUGAGGUGGAGUAGGCCUACUUUACAGAGUCUGUACCAGCUGCAAAUCUUGAGGUUGAAUGCUGUUUAGGUGGAGAAUUUUCCAGAGUCUGUACCAAUUAACUGCAAUCUUGAGUUUGUUCAUGUGGAGUACUUUACGAAGUAUGUAUCAGCUGUAAUCUUGAGUUUGAAUGUUGCUGAGGUGGAGUACUUUGCCUGUCCCCUUUAUGCAAGAAACAUUCUGAAAUAAUGCAAACUGACCCUAAAAAAUGUGAAAUUAUGCGAUUCUGUUAAUUUUAACAAA